AAUCAUCGACAAACACUGGUUGAUAAGAUAAUCGAGGGUCCGCUGUCCCCCUGGCCCCUGAAGUCUGGCAUUGGCGGGGUAAGGAAGUGUCACCACGGAGCAGCGAUGAAUUUUGACGAUAUUCUGAUUCGGUUGGGGGAGUUUGGGCGGUACCAGAAAAUCCUGUACUUUCUGGCCGUCUGUCUCCCCGGAAUCAGCUGUGGGGUUUUUAUGGUCAUUUCUGUCUUUUUAAUGGGUGUCCCUGAACACAGAUGUGCAAUACCACAACUAGAAAACGACACAUUUGCCAUUCAAAGCGACCGUCACAAAAAGUUGAUAGAUCUGUAUAUCCCAAACGCCGAUCCCGAUGACAGUACCCUGAAAUAUGACAGAUGCCAGUACUAUGUCUACGACAGCGCAGCUGUUCAAGGUAACGCGUCGCGACACAUUGAGAAGUGUUCUAAAUGGGUCUACAGCGAGGACAUCUACAAGUCAACCUUCGCUAAACAGAUUGAUUUGGUCUGUGAUGAUCGAUACAAAACUUCUCUGGCCAAAUCCCUGUUCUUCGUCGGCGUUCUCCUUGGAGCUCUCGGGCUCGGGAUUCUGUCAGAUGCCAUUGGACGGAAGAAAACCCUCAGUCUUUCUGUCGUUGCUAUGAUGGCGUCCUCCAUUGGACUAGCGUGGGCUCCAAACUACAUCGUUUUUGUCCUCAUCCGGAUAUGCGUGGGAGCUUCCACUUCCGGUGUCUUCAUGACAGGAUUUGUCAUAGGUAUGGAGCUGGUUGGGCCCAGUAAGCGACUGUUCGCCGGCGUCAUUAACGAGGUGUUCUUUGCCGUGGGUCUGGUUCUAUUAGCGGGGGUGGCGUACGCUUUCAGGGACUGGUUCUGGAUCGAGCUGUCCCUCUCGAUUCCCACUGUUGUCUUCAUGGCCUUUUGGUGCAUUUUGCCGGAAUCCCCAAGAUGGCUACUGAGUAAGGGCCGGCGACAGGAAGCGGAAGAAGUAUUACGUAAAGCCGCAAGGGUCAACAAGGUUACACUUCCUGAAAAGUUAUUUGACGAAGACGACUUCGAUAAAAAACCGGAAACAGCCGCCUUGUGGAAUCUGUUUACAUCGAGAGUUUUGCUCAUCCGAACAUUAAUCAUCUUUUUCAACUGGAUGGUAGUUAGUAUGACGUAUUAUGGACUGUCUCUCAACACGGGGAACCUGGGUGGCGAUUUUUACGUCAACUUCCUGAUUUCCGGUGUGGUCGAAUUUCCUGCCUAUACCCUUUGCCUGCUUCUGUUGGAUCGCUGGGGAAGGAAAAAAUGUCACUGUUCCGCCAUGCUCCUCGGUGGAAUCGCUUGUCUGUGUACAAUCUUUACCAUCAGCUUUGGCGGGGAAGAUUUACAGUGGUUGACGACGACACUAGCGAUGAUAGGAAAACUAGGAUCCGCCGCUGCUUUCGCUGUGAUUUACGUGUUUUCAGCUGAACUUUAUCCAACGGUCGUUAGGAACGCCGGAAUGGGGGCCAGUUCCUGCUGCGCGCGCAUUGGUGGAAUUCUUGCGCCUUAUGUCGCAGAUUCGGGGGUGCUGAUCGGGGGUCAGUUUGGACAGGCUGUUCCACUGGUUAUAUUUGGCGGCGCCUCCGUGUUGGCGGGAUUAUUGUCCCUAAAACUGCCGGAAACCCUGGACGAAGGUCUCCCGGAAUCCAUAGACGAUGGUGUGGCGUUUGGAACACCAGAGUAUAGGAAGAGAUCAAAACUAUCACUGGCUAUAGACCCCCCGUCGGCUAGCAUCGGGCUCACCAAACUAUAACCUCAGAGACAGAAUUUAAAAGACAUCGGGUUCACGAAACUCAAAUUACACAGAGAAAGAAACGACGACACAAGAUAGAAGCAACUUUAAUAAUACACAGCGACCGAAAGACAAAACUCUUGAAUAUUCGACUAACAGAGUUUGUGACAAUCUAAAUAAUAAUUAUUAAAGCGUUCCUAUAUUUGAUUGUAUGUGCAGGCCGGGUUUUAUCUGACGUUUCUAAUUAUGUUUUUUUUUUUACAUUUAUCAUUAAGAUGAAUAAGAUCAGUGCAUAUGGCUGCUAAUGUUCAGAAGGACGCAAUAAACAUUUGUUUUAUCAAACUUUCAAACUAAUAAAUGUCGUUAUUCUAAAAUUAAACGCACGGACCAUCGAACAGGAAGAGGGUACAGUGAACGAAGAAAACAUCAACUAGUUCAUCAUUUUCAGGAGAGUUUUUUCUUCUUUAUAAUUAUAAUUGUAUGCCUAUUGAUUUGAAAGAUGAAUUACUUUCACUUUCA